AUGGACGCUGCGGCGACGCUGAAACAUAAAAAUAAGGUGCUGCGGGCUGAAAAGGAGGUCACCCUCGAACUGCGGCGACUGUCCAACCUCGAGGUCUACCCGGCGGCGGAGCUCGCUCACAUACGACGGGAGCACCGGGCACUGGCGACGGAAUGGCAACAGGUCAUCGGCAAAGACGCCACGGACGAUGAGCACGGACGGCUCCAUGUAGUAGGGGAAGACGAUGACGAAGGGGACUUGGUUGGCGGCGGCGGCGGCGGUGGCGGCGGGCUGCUGCCGCGGCCCAACGCCGCCGCUAUCGGCAGUAGGAAAGGCGUGGCGACCGCCGCGCAACCGCCGUCGCUGCUGGCGAUGCUGCUGCCCCCAUCCGGCACGAAACGGCGACGAAAAGAGAUAGCGCUGGCCCCGUUUAUCGCCUCUACGGCAGGAGAGGACGCAGCCGCGGCGGCGGCGGCGGCGGCUUCAGGAGGCGUUUCGCUGUCGGGGCCCUUGACAGCGACCGGGGCAGGCGGCGGAAGCGGAGCCAACAGCGGCGGCAACGCUGCCGACAAGCGUCCGGACGGCCGCCGUCAUCGCCGGAAGGGGUACGGGGGCGGGGGCAACGGUGGUGCCAGCAUCCCCGGGAGUCGGGGCCCGCCAGGCGUCCGUGGGAAGGUCAAGGGGGCAACCGGGGUCGGCGGUAGCGGCGGUGCCGGGAAAGAGGAGGGUCUGGGGUCGCAAAGCGAGAAUCGAGGCGAGCAGGAGAUUGAGCUCGAGUUUUCGCGGCUGAAGUGGGCUCUGUUCAGGAGGCGUCGGCAAGAGGCCGAGAUUCCGAGAAUGGUCGCGAGAGGGCACGGGCAGACCCCUGUUCCUCCCUUGGGUGCCAUGCCGCCCGUCCUGUCUACUGCAGGGGGGGCGGGUGGCGGCAGCGGCGGCGGCAACGGCAGCAGCAGACACCUCGUUGCUGGCGGGGACGGCGGAGGCCGCCGGGAGGCCUCCGGCACUCCGCUCAAGCCCUCGUCGUCGUCGCCGUUGUCUCUGGAGGGGUUUCCCGCCCCGCCUGCCGAGGAGCAGCUGUACCAGCUGUCGCCGAUGUCGACCCUGCUGACACGGGCGUCGGGCCGACGCGGGGGCGGCAGCGGCAGGAGGUUGCGCGAGAAACAGCAGCAGCAGCAGCAGCAGCAUCAGAGGGUCUCACGCCUUCCGCCGAAAGCGUCGUCCCCAAAGCCGGCGGCCCUGCCGUCCACGACCGCCGUCGCCACCGCAACCGCUUUUCUUGAACGGGGGCACAGCUCGCCCCCGCGGGUCGGCGCUCUCGCUGCCGCUGCUGCCCACGAGGGACCCUCGUCAUCUGGGCAAGUCUCGCCCGAAGCGGUUGGGCCGGCACCGACGACCGCCGCUGGGCGGGCGAUGCGAGUGGCAGUUGUUGCCGCCGCCGCCUCGUACGGCAACGAUAAGGGCAACGGCGAGCGCGGCAAAGGGAGCGGCGGCCGGGCGGUCCCCGGCAGGGUGGUUUCGCGUCGGCGGACGUUCGGUGCCGGCGGCGGGGGUACCGCCGCCGCCGCCGCAGGGGGGGGGGGACUGCGAGGGUUCGACGCCGCCCCGUACCAAUCAACCGUCCAUUUUCGUGAUAGAUGA